GUGAGCCGGGAUGUGGAACUGCAGAUGGUCAGCUACAAACGCGAAGUCCAAGAUGCCGAACAGGUGCUUCUGCAGGAGCGGCAGAAGUGGCUGACGAACAGGAUUGUGGUCAUUCAAAGCAAUGGCACUUUGAGCGCUGCUGACAGGUCCCUGCUCUGUCGACUCCGUGCAGAGUUACAGGCUUGCGAUGCGAAGAUUGAUGCGUACAAGCAGGACCUUGCCCUGAUCCCAGCCUGUCCGGAGCCCGUGAACGCCGGAACUCCACCGGACCGCCGGCGCCCCUCCGAUGAGCUGGCCACGGCCACCACGGCGCCGCUGGCGCCGCUGGCGCCGCGCGGCCACCGGAACGGGCGCGCGUCGCCGGACUUCGGCGCGCGGGGGGAACCUCCCGCGCCGAAGUCGGUUCCGCCCUGGGGCGCGGGAGCGUUGGGGCAAUCGACGCGGGUGAAAGGAGAUUUAUUUGGACGAUACGAGAUGCAGGCAGAAGCUUUGGGCUCGCCUCCGGUGAAGGUGUCCCCCGGAAAGCGCUCCAAGCUGCCGCCGGUGCCGCUCACGGCUCGAUGAGGAGGAUCCGCCGAAGGCUGCAGUGGCCAGCCAUGGUGGAGCAAUGCCAGGGCGUUUCCGAAUAGCAACACUGCAUGCCUUAUUUCGGAAAGCCAAUGACUCCGGAAGUCACUGGACCCUGAGACAUUCCAGACAUCAUGGCAAUGUUUAACUUCCUCUAUGAGGGUAUACUGUGUGCAUGCAUUUUCCAUGUUUUGCCCAUCAAGCGGGGUCAUCGAACUUUCCUUCAAGGAAUGGCCCACAACUCGAGUGGGCCAGGAGAAGUGGAUCAUGUGUCUUGACAUGCGCCAGAUGCAAGACUGCCAUGCAUGAUAUCUGCCACGUCAAAGGACGGCAGCAGAUGUAAGAUGCAACCUGACGGCAGAUCUCACCGCCAACCUCGCGUGCAGUGGUGCCUUCCCUCACCUGGAUGAGCAGUAGGAUGC